AUUAAAACACUACUCAUUCACAAAACCAUGUGUUCUCUUGAUAACUUCCUUAGAACUUUCCGGACAAGGAGUCACAGGCAUGAUAGAAAACGUCGCCAGCUGCGCAUCUGAGACUGCUGACAUCCAAUAGCCUGCAGGAUGUUUAUUUCUCUUACCUAGGGCGCCGAGCUUUGCUUGAAUCCCACGCACACUCUGGAUCAUAAAUUGUGAUAAAUUCUCACUCUCCCAAGUGUUGACCCUGACCGAGCUGAUUGCGUUCCCUAAACAAAGGAUUCUUAGGCAAUCCAUCCAGACUGACACUCAUCUUUCUCGUCCGUGGUAAAACCAGACGGCCAGGAAAUGGACUUCCUGGGCCUGCAUACCUUUCGCCAGGAGCUUCCUUCUCACCAGGAGGCCCGCAGGCGUCCCGAGCCCACCAGCGUCGUUCCGCAGCUCACUCCCAAUGAGGAUCUUGAAAGGCUGCUCCGGCGCCACCGUCCUGCCAUCUCGACGAUCGAGUUUGGCAUGAACUACGGCGCGGAGUGGGCGACACAGCACUUUGCCGCCAAGCUUGCAGAGCUCUGGAGGAAGGCGGAAAUGUUCGGACAUAUCUUUGCGAAUACUCCCGACCCUGUCAGAGACGGACAGCUGCCCGUUCGUAUCAGACAAUACCUCAAUCGUGUCUCGCACAGCAUCCUGAUGCCCCGCCUGCUCGCAAGCCCUACCACCAGGUGGGCCCUGCUUUCCAGAGCGAUCAACGAGUGGCUGCUUGACUGGGUUCUGAACGAGACGGUGGUACAGGGAUUUGACCUCGUUUUGGACGCCGAGUAUCAACUGCUGAAGCACCACCUCCUUCGCGACCUUGAGCCCUUCGUGCGAAAGGUCGUUCUAAACGCCAUGGUGAAAACCGUCUGCGAGAUUCUGUGCAAGCCCGGAUUCAAAGAAUUCUACCUGGAAAAGCACCGUUGGUAUGUGGAGAAGCUGUGGCGGUACGUUGGACGUCUUGUCCCAGACAUACCUGAGUACCAGACCGAGGGCCGCACCAGGAUUGCGCAAAUCAUCGCAAAGGCGCAAGCUCUGUCAGUCGACAUGCUUCUGACUCCUCUGGAGUAUGUGCAUUAUUUCCCGGAGUGCGAUGAUGUUUUUGACCCGAUUGAGAUGGUAAAUAUGGAUCCCACCAACGACAGAUCUCCGGGCGAGCUCCUGCGCUUGUGGUUCAGAAUCAAACUAGCCUACACUCCCGUCACAUACAUUCGCGCAAACUUCGAAGAAUCAUCGAACUGCGAGCUUGUCUUCCGGAGUGAGGUGCUGUUGAUGCCCGAGAACAGCGCGGCUCUGAUUCCGGAGUCCUUGAUAUCUAGCCUUAACCAG